AUGAUCACCCUUGCGACCCUUCCCUACGACCUUCUCCUCAACAUUGCGCGACACCUGGAGUUGAGCGACAUAUACAAUCUCCAGCUUUCAUGUCGAUCGCUACAUGCGUUCGCGGUCACCCGCCCGGUCUACCGCAACCUCGCGUCCCUGCUGCUCCGCCGCUGUCGCGCGCUCCCGCUCCACGGCUUCCAGCGCUUCACGGACCUCACGGACCAGCAACUUAUCGACGCCGUCAACCAGGCCGCGCGAUUAGAGGCGGCAUGGCUCACACGCGGGCCGAGGCCGGCGUCCGCCAUGCCGUUCGACGGGCCCCCAGACGAGUUCGGGCUCCCGACGCGGACGUGGUACAAGAUCAUCAGCGCGCCGCCUGACGAAGAGGUCGACUGGCUCUCACCGAUCACGUCAAGCUACAGCCUCUGCGCGACGAAGAGCGGCAAGGUCGUGUGCUGGGAUGUGCACCGGGACAUAUGUCUCGCGGAGUGGAAUCCGAAGGAGCGCUGGGAGCUGUGGAAGUGUCGGGUUGAGUUCGACGUCCGGACGGUGUUCUUCACCAUGGCCAAGAUCAUCUCGCGACAGUUGGACGACCGGCUCAUGGAGUUCGUUUUGAUGAAGCUUCACUUUCCAGAAAGCGGUGAGCCUCAGUUCGUCGAACUAGCCACCUUCAAGACGGUCGGCGUGGUCAUGAACGUCUUCCUGCUCGACCCAUCAUCGCGUCUGCUAGCCGCCUUUGUGUGGGUCUCAAGCUCGAACACCAUCGGUCUAUAUACGCUUCUGGAUUGGGACAUCGAGGAGUACGUCUUUAUUGACACGGGCAUUGAUUGCUCGAUAUCUUCGAAUUGGUCGUGCAUCCUUUACAAGGAACAGAUCGUCAUACACUGCGAAGAGUCCGACGUCGCACACCAGUACUUUUAUCCCCUCUCCCUCCUCCAGCGAUAUGUGCGGCCAUCGACGCGCGCGACAGGGUUUAUCCCUCGCAUCUCUGAGCGCGUCUCCCCCAUGGCUAGAAUGACUGCUGCGUUCGUCUUCCCUCCUCGGUCCCAGUCUCAGUCUCGGCAACAGAGCCGCGAGCCGCCCAACGGUCCUUACCAGGAGACUUACAGCUCUGACGACGAAGUGGAGGACCGAGAGGAUGGAGACGGAGAACAAGAUGGAGGGGACGACGGGGACGACGCAGGGGACGACGCGGGCGAAGGAGACGACGAACCGGACCCGAAUCCAUUUCCCUAUCCGCCGUGGUAUCCGGAAAGCGCACACUUCGUUCGGCAAUGGUGGCCGACGCUCUCGUCGGUACCGAAGCUCAGCUGCACCGUGCUCCUUCUCGCGGACCACGAGCCAGAAACGCACAGAACGCGCUACGUCCUCGCACAGCACUACUUCAAAGUGCCCCUGGUGGAGCCAGAAGAGGUUGAAAAUGCGCCGGAAGAGGCCGCGAAGGCGGUCGCGGAGGCGUUCGCUACCGACGCCAAUACCAACGGGCACGCCCUCGCGAACGGCUAUGCGAACGGCCCUCCUCUGCCGCGCGGAGCGGAGUCGUCAAUGAUGCGGCUCUGGUACGUCUCCGAGGCGUUCGAGGUCGUUUGCGUGCUCGACGAGGUGGACGAAGACAUCGACCCCGAGGGGGCGCAGGAGCGCCCGCGUCCGCUUAUGGCCGUGGACUUUGGCCACGCGGUUUGGAUCGAAUUCGCGUUCCCGCUCGACGUCUCCCGGGACGAGAAGCGACUCCGAUUCGUGACCUUCCCUCCCGUUGGCGCGGACCGGCACGCGAUGGCGCGCGGACGCGACGGGGGCGGGCACGGGGGAGGUGCGACGUCGGGGACGCUGGAGGGCGUGGUGCGGACGCUGGAGGUGCCGCCGGAGCUCAACUUGGACACGGUGGAGACGAUCAAUAUCGACCAGAGCCAGGGGGCGAUCAUCGUGUCGGUGCGGGACGGGAAGAUCUUCAUCCUGUGCUACGACUGA